UUUGUUAUAAUCUGUAAGUGAUAUUAUUCAGAGUUUUUAAAAAGUGUUUAAUAAAAAUAACUUUCGGUCGCAUUAAAGAAAUAACUAAGAUGAAUUUAAGCGAAUCAUUAUUGACGUCUGUGGGGAUCGUCAUUGCUUUGUGGAUUCUGGAUUUAUUGUAUAGGAAAUACAAAAUUCGAAAGAUAAUUGAUAAAAUACCAGGGCCCGUGGGGCAUCCGAUAUUUGGCUUUUCGUUUGAAAUUCUUAAGCAAAAAAGAGAAGAUCGUGACGCUUGGUUCGAUAAUUUGUGUUAUGAAUAUAAGGAAGGAAUUGUUAAAACAUGGUUCGGAACGAAAGCAGUAAUUCAUAUUCGUAAACCUGAGUACUUGGAGGUCAUUAUGCGAAGUACAACGCAGAUUAAAAAAUCAUACUUAAUGGACUUCAUAAAACCAUGGCUGGGUGAAGGAAUUUUAAGUUCGACAGGUCAAAAAUGGUUUCAUCAUAGGAAGUUGAUAACACCGGCAUUUCAUUUCAACAUACUCGAUGAAUUUUCUGAGGUUAUGACGAAUCAUGCGGAAACACUGAACGAGCAGAUUGAAAAAAUAUAUAAUGAAAAUCCUGAAGAACCCAUUGACGUAUUUCCUGUGAUUACGAAAUGCACAUUAGAUGUGAUCUGUGAGACAGCCAUGGGGGUAAAAAUGAAUAUCAAGUAUGGCGAAGGAAAGGAAUACACAGAGGCUUUAAGCGAAAUACAAAAUCUUACGAUGGAAAGAUUCUUUAAUCCAUGGUUUCAAUGGGAUUUUAUUUAUUAUCAACUUCCAAUAGGAAAAAAGUACCAAUCUAUUAUUGACAAAUUACACAACUUUACUAACGAG